UAUCAAAAUCAUCAGCUGUUGCAGUGAACUUGAUUUCAAAGCCUUGGUACUGAACUACAUGCCUAAUGGGAGCCUGGACAAGUGGUUAUAUUCUCAAAACUAUUCUUUGAAUAUCUUACAGAGGUUGAACAUAAUGAUAGACGUUGCGGUGGCAGUGGAAUACCUACACUAUGGUUAUUCAAUACCUAUUGUGCACUGUGACAUGAAGCCCAGCAAUAUACUACUAGAUGAUGAUAUGGUUGCACACGUUGCUGAUUUUGGAAUUGCAAAACUCUUGGGUGGAGGAGAUUCUAUUACCCAAACCAUGACUCUAGCCACUGUUGGGUAUAUGGCUCCAGAGUAUGGAUUGGAAGGAAUGGUUUCAACAAGAGGGGAUGUGUACAGUUUCGGAAUUGUAGUGAUGGAAACAUUCACAAGAAGGAAGCCAAUAGAUGAGAUGUUCGAUGGGGAAAUGAAUAUAAAGCAAUGGAUUGCAAACUCACUAGUAUUACCAGAUGCAAAGAUAGAUGAAGUUGUGGAUGCCAAUUUGCUUGGGAUUGAGACAGAGCAGGAAGAUGAUGAUCAUGUGAGGAAGAGGGAUUGCAUAUCAGCCAUUAUGAGAUUAGCUCUUACUUGCUGUGCAGAAUCGGCAGAAGAGAGGAUAAGUAUGAAAGAAGCUGUAGCCACACUCAACAAAAUCAAGACAAAGUUUUUGAAGGACACCACUGCAGGAAGAGGUGUGCUGUUAAACCGUCCUCUUGUUCAGCAACCCUUCAAAUAAUGGGU